CCCAGGCGACUCGGUACGUCUCGUGUUCAGCGCCCGCACCAACUACAUGUACGCGCGCGUGCGCUCCACGCUGCCCGAGCUGCACGCAUUCACGCUGUGCACGUGGCUCAGACGGACUGGCCUCGGCCUGGGAACGAUCCUCUCGUACGCCGUGACCGGGCAGCCCAACGAGCUCACCCUGAUGGAGGCGGGCGGCGACGGCGUGGAGGUGGUGGUCAACGACAAGGUGAUGCUGCUCCCCUUGAGAGUGCCCCGCCUCACCUGGCACCAUGUGUGCGUGACGUGGAGCGCCCGCGACGGGGCGUGGAGCAGCUUCCUCGACGGGGUCCGCACGGGCAGCGGGGACGGCCUCGCGCCCUGGAGACCCCUCACGGGCGGCGGGGUCAUCGUGCUCGGCCAGGAGCAGGUGGGAGACGCGCCGAGGCAACGGCCCCCUGCGUAGCCUCGGCGGGCCGCCGGGGGCAAGCGGCGCCCUUGAAGGGUGUGCACCGUGGCGCACGUG